CUCCCGGCGGGCCUUGCAGCGGCCGCUCUGGGAGGACCAGCUGGGGCGUCGCGAUGCUUUUGGCUGCGGCCGCCGAGCGGAACAAGGAACCAAUUUUGCGCGUUCUGCGGCAGUAUUUGGACCCGGCUCAGCAAGGCAUUCGCGUGCUUGAAGUGGCCUCGGGCUCCGGCCAGCAUGCGGCCCACUUCGCGCGGGCCUUCCCCCUUGCAGAGUGGCAGCCGUCUGACGUGGACCAGCGCUGCUUGGACAGCAUCUCGGCCACCAUUCAAGCCCAGGGAUUGUCCAACGUGAAGGCUCCGCUGUACCUGGACGCGACCUGGGGUUGGGAGAAAUGGGGCGGGAUCCUGCCGCAGUCGCUGGACCUGCUGCUCUGCAUCAACAUGGCCCAUAUCAGCCCCCUGAACUGCACCGAGGGCCUCUUCAGAGCAGCAGGACACCUGCUCAAACCCAAGGCGCUGCUCAUCACCUAUGGGCCCUACGCUGUCAAUGGGAAGAUCUCUCCCCAGAGUAAUGUGGACUUCGACCUGUCGCUCAGAUGCAGGAACCCAGAGUGGGGGCUGCGGGACACGGCCUUCCUGGAGGGCCUGGGCCAGGCCAACGGCCUUCUCUUGGAGAAGAUGGUGGAUAUGCCAGCCAACAACAAAUGCCUGAUUUUCCGGAAAGAGUAACCCUUCUCCCUGCAUGCCUAUGUCCUCGGUGAGGCCUCUUCUGGGACAAACCCAGAUAGCCAGCUCCUGCCUUCCUGGACCGGGCCAUGCAGAUUGGCCUUGCCCAUUCUGGGGGCUCUCGGCCAGUGGCCACAGGGCUGCAGAGAGCCUGGGAAUAAAGUGUUUCCUGCUAUCCUA